AACGCAUCGGCACGCCGCACGCAGUCGCAGGAAGCACGCCAUAAUAAUUGGUCCCAUUCGAAAUUCAAACGCCGCCGGCCGCUCCGCUCCGCUCCAUCCACGCGAACCGAAACAGAGCGGAGGAGAGAUGAGGAAGGCGGCCGCGGCCUCGCGCUAUGCCUCCUACGACUCGCCGUCCGCUUCCCCUUCCCCGCGCCAUGCCAGACCCACCGCCGCCGCCGCCGCACCGGCGACCCCGGGGCAAGGGAGCCGCGCGCUGGUCGCGGCCAGAUCCGGCCGCGGCGACCUGCGCUGCCAGGCGCCGCAGACCCAGCAGCAACAGCAAGGCAGCCUGGGCUCCGUGCUCCGGAGGCUCAUCUCCAUGGACAAGAAGCCGGGCGCCGGCCCCAAGAGCCUCCUCCCCGUCCCUCCCGCUGCCGUCGCCGCCCCCGCGAAGAACAGCGCGGGCAAGUUGCCGGGGCUGUCACGGAAGCUGCUGUUCCAGAAGGCGCCGUCUGAGGGCAAGAAGAAUAAGGCCUUGACGGAGGUCAAGAACAGCGGCAACGCCAACACGCGGACGCUCGCCAUGGUGCUGCGCAGCGAGCGGGAGCUCCUCUCGCAGAGCAAGGAGCAGGAUGACGAGAUCGCCGCGCUCCGCCUUCAGCUCGAGAACAAGGACAGGGAGGUCGAGCGGCUCAAGGACCUGUGCCUGCGCCAGCGGGAGGAGAUCAGGACGCUCAAGGACGCCGUCCUGUUCCCGGACACGCAGCCGGACCGCCACGUCCGGGAUGAGAUAUCGACUCUCACCGGGCAGAUCCAAUGUCUUGCCGAGGAGCUAGCUCAGGUCAAGGCCGAGAAGCACACGACAAGGUCAUGCUUUGAUGACGAAUAUUGCUCUUCUCCAAGUACGCCCGUGCUUAACGAGGAGACUGCCUUCUCUCUGGAGUGCAGCAUUGGGGAAGCGGAGACGCCAAACUGCGGUAGCCCGGAUGAAAUGUUCGUCAAGGAUCUCAACCCUUGCCUAACCCCUUUCUCCAAAAGCAGAUCCGAGGAGUACGAGGAAUCCUUGAGCUCUCACCGCAGCGGCAGCGGCAGCAGCAAGGCAAGGCCGGACCACCACCUACCCUUCAGCGGCUCGCGCAGCAGGCCGAUGUCGAAGAGCUCCGAUCACCAUAAGCCUACCUCAGGCACCGGGAGCAGCAAGCGGCGAGUACACAGAUCCGACCAGGACAAGAUCUACCAGAACCUGUUUUAGUAGCAGUCUGGUCAUGGACGGACCUUCAAAAGCUCGCGUGUCAGUGUUGUGUAAUAACGAUGCUAUGAGUGGGUGAACAAGCAGCGGCGAAUAUGAUCAUUUGGUUGUGCUUUGGUUCUCAGUGGUUAAUGCCUGUGAGAUAUUCUAUUCCUGAUGGUUUGGUGUUUAUCUUCCGGAGAAAUUCAGUUGCAAUCUUGCGUUGGAGA